AUGACCACAAUUUUUCGCCGCGAAAAGCGCCAGGCAGCCAGAGCACGUCCUAAGCACGAUAUUUGGGGGAAAACGGUCUAUUUCUACUUUGAUCCAUUUUAUACUAGCGACAACUUGAAGAAGGAGUUCAAUUAUGCAAGAGAGGCUUGGGAAAAGGAUACAUGCGUUAACUUUACUGAGAUUAAGCAAAAGGGCGAAGAACGUCUCUUUGCUGCUCCAUACGGUGGUGAAAUUGAGGUUUACCGUUCAGCUAACGCAAAUUGUACAGCGGAAAAUCUUACCGCGAGCAUGAAGCUGAAGCUAGUUAUCGAAGCUAAAGAUUUCCUUCUUGUAACACAACAAGAGAACGUUUGUGAGUCUCACGUUGGCAAGCUGGGAGGGGAGCAGCCACUAAUCCUUGGAAAAGGCUGUGAAAGCUUUGGUCACAUU